AUGCUAUUUUAGGCUUCCAUUUUUUGGGGAACGUGACGACGACAAGGUGGAAAUACAAGUCGCCGAGCAAUUUGUUCAGAAGGCACAGAGGUGGAAGGAGCCGGGACUGAAGAUGAAUCAGAUUGUCCUUUGAAGAGGGUGUCGCCUUGCACGGUACAAUUAGCCAACCUAUAAAAGGGGUUCGGCUUCUUGGCGUUUCCACACUUUUGUCUCUGAGGCUGCUCACCUGAUUUUGCUGAGCUGGGUGAGUUGAAAAAUUGGGGAAUGGGGGGACAUCAAGACAGAAGAAGGUGGGGAGAGUUGAGCAGUCCCUUAGAGGUCCUUGAAAGGGAUGGCACCGUAGAAAAAGAAAGGCCCUUCCUUCUUCACGGUCCCUUUCCCUGUCUUUGCAGAAAGGGACUUCAGGAUGAGCUACUUUCUGGACAGUGUCUGCACCAUCGUCAGAAUCUUUCACAAGUAUGCCCGAUGUCAGGAUGGCAACCUCGCUCUCAACCGGAGAGAAAUGAAGACGCUUAUCCAGAAAGAGUUUGCUGAAGUCUUGGAGAAUCCUUGUGACCCUCAGACGAUUGAGCUCACUUUCAAGCUGCUGGACGUCAAUGGAGACAGCUUGGUGGACUUCAACGAGUACCUGAUUUUCGUCUUCCAAAUUGCCACGGGUUGUUACAGGUACCUGCAGCCCAGAGAGUAUCUUGUUCGGGAGGAAAGUAGCAGAGCCCUACGCGAAGGAGAAGCAGGAGGAUCCAAAAGAGGAAGUCAGCAGCUUCAGGAUGGGGAAAGGAGAGGAGACUUUGUCCAUGAGAGACAAGGUUCAGAUGGGACUUCCAUGGAGGAAGGAAGACGGGGGGAGUUGAUGGGACGCUACCUUCCCAUUGAGCCUGUAGAAGAAGUAGAAGAAGAAGAAGAUAGCAGCUUUGAAGGACAUGAACCCGAGUUGAGGGAUGGUGAUAGGAGAGGCCGUCCAUCUCAGGAACGUCAGGAAAGAGACCCUGAACAACGAUGGCAUGAGCCUGAAGAGUGGGAAGAUAUCGAGAUACCAGAACCCGGUAAACGGAGACAACGGGAAUCAGCACUGGAUGAAGACUCUCCCCGCCAGUCCCGACAACUUGUGAGAAGAAAUGACAAUGACAGACGUGAAGCUCGGGGUCUCCUGGACAGAGAUGAAGAAGACCUCUAUUCUCCAAUAGUCAUAUCCAGGAGGGAAGAUGGGAGGCAACGCCGGGGCCAAGAGACUGAACAUCAGGAAGCUCAGGGAAGACUCUUCAGACAUGGUUCUCAAGCCCGAGUGGAUCGUGCAGAUUACGAUGUUGAAAGAAGUCGUCCGUCUCGUGAACGGCGAGAAAGGCAAGAUGGAAGGAGGGAGCCGGAAUUGCAUAGUGAGCAGAGGUCUCGCGCCUUUGAACCCCGUGUGGCUGAUGAGCGCCGAGAUCGUAUUCGUCACCGUAGCCCAGUAGCGGAGUAUGAGGAGCAUCGCCCAUUGUCCAGAGAAGGUGAGAGAAGACCACAGUUCCAUGAAGCUGACCACAGAGAGGGUGAGAGGAGGAGACAAGGACGCUCUGUCUUUCAAUCGAGAGAAGAUGUCGAUAGAGCAAUCCAGGCCGAAGAGGAAGAAGUCAGAAGAUCUGAAAGGAGACGAGCUGAAGAUGAGUGGAGCAGACCACGACCACGUGAAGCUUCAAGAAGGCCAGAAGUGGAAGAUCUGGAACGCAGGGAACAAGAGAGGAGGAGGAGGAGGCCCUAUUCUUCUGAGCUCGAGAAUAUGGACAGACCUUCCCGAUCUCAUGAGUCUGAAGGCAGAGAAGAGGUCAGAAGAUCCCAACGUCCUGAGGACCUAGAGCGGAGAAGGCGGGAGUUCAGCCGGGACGAAACCCGUGCAACAGAAAGCAUAAGAAGGAGACCCCAAUCCCAAGAACCUGAACUCAGGGACCCCAAGUAUGAUAGAUCUCAAAGUUAUGAAGAAGCAAGGAGAGAUGACCAGAGGAGACCCCGUAACUACGAGGUUCGGUCCCAAGAAAGAGAUGCUGAAAGGAGGAGAAGGCUCCAACCUCGUGAAUCACCCAAGAGAGAAGACAACCAGGAGAGGCAAAGGUAUGAUGAACAUGAAACCUGGGACAGUGAAAGAGACAGGAGAAGGCCUCAGUUACGUUACUCAGAACCCAGAGAGAGGGAGAUGAGAAGGCCUCAGCUGGUUGACUCAGGAGUUGAUGAAAGGGAACAACUCCAAUCAAGAGAAGCAGUCACCAGACCAACACAAUCAGAUAGGUUUUCUCCAUCUGAUAGUCCAGGAGAGUAUGACCGGAAUGGACAACAGUUAUACGAGUCCAGACAUACUCUACAAAGUGAAGGGAGGAGACAAAGUUAUAAUAGACUAAGCAAUGCCCAGAGACAAAUUUGGGCAAUCGAUAUUGCUCAAAGAGAAAGCGAAGGGCAAAGGAGAAGCAAUGUUGAGGUUAGAGAUGUUGACCAAUUCCGUGGUGUUGACCGCAGAGAGAGUGAACACCAGAGAAGAACCUCGAUACAUGAUUCUGAUGAUGAAAACAUUGAUCAGAGGCAGACCCAAACUUAUGAGGUUAGCUCAAGAGAAGGUGAAGACCAAAGAAGAACUUCAUCGCAUGACUCUGGUACAAGACAGAUCAACCAGAGGAGAUCACCAACAUAUGAGGUUGGCCCUAAAGAUGAUCAACAACCAAGGAGAAUGCCAUCACAUGAGUCUGUUGACCAGAGAUGGAGGAGCCGCACACAAACUGACCUAGUAGAAGAUGGUCAGAAGCCUUCCAACCCAUAUGAAGUUGACCCAAGGGAUGGUGAGCAACAGAGGACAGUGCAGUCCUCUGACCCUAAUUUCAGGGAUACUGAAGUAACACAAGAUAAUAUGGGGGACAGCACUCGGCCACGUGAAGCCACCUCUCUUUCCAACCAAACUGCUGACCGUGAACUUGAUCUGCUGAGAGACCAAAGGCCACCAGAGUCUGGUGAACCUCAACCAUCAAGGAAGCCGGGACAAUCUAAGGCAGAACGAAGCCUGGUGAGUCCACAUGAACAGCACCAGGCCACAAGAGAGAGCCAAAAUUUAUCUGGACCAGAACAGAGAGGUCCCCAAAGAAGGUGGCUGCAACGCCAAACUGAAGCCCAAGAAGCAGGAGUGGACCAAGUCCAACCAAAGGUAGGUUCACCUGCAAGCAAGAGAGUUCUCUCCCAACCAAGUGAACGACAGAUCACCGAGGGCCAGGAAAGCUGGAUCCAGGGGUACCAUCCCACACCAGCCCCCCAAGCUGAAGGCCAGUCUGAAUUAUCUCCGGCUGGAGAGGGAGACAAAACUCAAGAACCUGCUGCCCUUAACCAGCAGCAAGUCCACCGUGAAGGAGAAGCUCCUCAACCUGAAAUGGAGGAACCCAAAGUGGAGGAAGAUGACGGAAGUGGCUCAUGGGCCCAGGAAUCUCAGCCCCCUUUGGAGGACGAUGACCAACAAGCCAUCAUGGAGAAGCCGAGCAGUUCUCUUGUGGAAAGCAAAUCGUGUGUAAUUUGUAACCCGCUGUAUGAAUAUCUGUUGGCCCAGAAGAAGCAGGAGCAACCCUAGAAGAUGGGAUGAAGAUGCGAGCUUGAAGGACACUCUGCUUUCAUGCCUUCCUUUCUUUCUGCAGAUGUUCUUCGAUCCUGUUGAGUUUUCUUCUAAUCAGUUAAUCUAAUCAUCUCUAAAUCAAUCCUUUUGGUCCAAGGCGAUACCCAGCAAA